GUCCGAAACGUCCGUGGUCCGAAAUGUCCGUAAUUCUUACAGAGUAACUCCCCUUUGAUUUCAUUUCUCCAUUAUAAUAAGUGGAGACUCGGGUAAAUUCUAAUUAUAUUUUCUAUUCAAAUAUUUAUUCCAUGCCAAUUUGAUAUGAAUAACCUUAUUAAGUUAGUGUCUUUAAUGUAUGCUUAGAAGUUUUUGCAAGUUUUGUAAAUUGACAUCGUGAGGAUAAAGCAAAUUAGCUCUAUCGGGUUAACUUAUGACAUGACCCAGGGAAAUUGAUCGUAAAGCAGAAAAUUGUAGGCAGUUCAAUAAAGAGGUUCAGGAAAUUGUAUUGAAACAGAAAUGAUGAGCAUUACCGGAGAGGAGAACUGUAGAUGUGAAAUUUGUAAUAAGCUUUUCUCUCAUGACAGUCAACUUAAAACACACAUGGCGAUUCACACAAGUGAGAAACAUUUUAGAUGUGAUACAUGUGAUAAAUCAUUUUCUUACCUUAGUACCCUAAAAAGACAUAUCCGUAUUCACACUGGUGAGAAGAAUUAUAAAUGUGAUAAUUGUGGCAAAGCAUUCUCAAGAAGCUCUCAUCUUCAAAAGCACAUGACAAUUCACACUCGUGAAAAGAACUUUGCUUGUGAUACAUGUGAUAAAUCAUUUUCGUACAUUAGUACCCUGAAAAGACAUAUCCGCAUUCACACUGGUGAGAGUGAGAAGAAUUAUAAAUGUGAUAAUUGUGGCAAAGCAUUCUCAAGAAGCUCUCAUCUUCAAAGUCACAUAACAAUUCACACUGGUGAAAAGAACUUUGCAUGCGAAAUAUGUAAUAAAUCAUUUAAUUGUAAAGGUAAUCUUAAAAGGCACCUGUCAAUUCACACCGGUGAAAAGAAAUUUGCUUGUGAAAUAUGUGAUAUUUCAUUCAAUAUUAAAUCUAAUCUAAAAAGGCAUAUGGAAAUUCACAGUGGCGAAAAAAAACAUAAAUGUGAAAUUUGUACUAAAAUAUUUACCCAACGAAGCAACCUUACAGCUCAUUUAAUAAUCCACAAAGGUGAGAAGAAAUACAAAUGUGAAAUCUGUUCAAAAGCAUUCAUCAGACGAAAUCAAUUCAAGGCGCAUGUUUUAACUCAUGCCGGUCAGAAGUUUCAUAGAUGUGAAAUUUGUUUCAGAACAUUUCUUUAUGCAAGCAAGCUGAAAAAACAUAUAAGCACUGCAAAUCACACUGGUGAAAAAAGGUUUACAUGUGGAAUUUGUGAAAAAUCAUUUCUUCUUAAAGGCCACCUUAAAAGCCAUUUACGAACACACACAGGCGAGAAGAAUUUCACAUGUGAAGUCUGUGAUAAGUCAUUCAGAUUUAAAAGUAAUCUUAACAGUCAUUUGAAAAUUCAUAUUGGUUAGAAGAACAACGUGUGCGGGGUUUGUCAAAAAACCUUUUAUGAAAGUAGUGACCUCAGAAAACAUAUGACCAUUCACACUGGAACCAAGAACUAUAAAUGUGAUCUAUGUGGUAAAUCAUUUACUCGCAAAACUGGUCUUAGACUCUUAAC